AUGUGCUCCGUCUUGUCGCUCUCUCCUACUGAAGAAACCAUGCUUUCAAGGGAAGCUGUCCUUUGAAAUAGAGACCGUGGUUAAGACCUCAGUGUCAGGAUACAGACCACCUCGUGUCGACUGUGAAAAUUGUCUCAUGUUGAUGAUUUGAUCCCAGGAAGCAGCUGGUCCUCCUGGUUCAGCUAACCUGUGCUAAGAGGAGAUGCUGUUAGCUGUAUCAGCUGAGUGAGAGAUGUCCUCUGAUUAAACGGAUAUGAUGCCAGCCUGAGGGGACAUAAUGGACAAUGGUAAAGCGGGCCGUGUGUGCCGUCCCCACCGGAUCAGUGAAUCAUCUAAGGUGUUCUGCUGCGUGGACCAGGCUGUAGAGGUGUUACAGGGCCUCAAUGAGCAGCGGAGGAGCAGCCAGUUCUGUGAUGUAGUCCUGGUGGCCGAUGAGCAGCGGGUUCCUGCUCACAGAGCUCUGCUGGCUGUCUCCAGUCCAUACUUCCAUGCCAUGUUCACUCUGGGUAUGAGGGAGGAACGCCAGCAAGAGGUGGAGCUUGUUGGAGUGGCGUACAUUGGUUUGAAAGCUGUAGUGGAUUUUCUAUACAGUGGAGAGCUGCCGUUGGAUGGCGGAAACAUUGAUUAUGUGCUGGAAGCUGCUCACCUCCUGCAGGUGAGGCGAGUGGUUGAUUUCUGCUGCCAGUAUCUGGAGCGCGAGGUGAGUGAGGACAACUACCUGUACCUGCAGGAGCUGGCUCUGCUCUACAGUCUGGAGCGACUUGACGCAUUCAUAGACCAAUUUAUCCUCACACGCUUCGCCACACUCUCUUUCACCCCUGAUUUUCUGCGGGACAUUCCUUUUCACAAGCUCAACUCCUAUCUCUCCAGUGGCCAGGUUCAGCAUGACAGCGAGCAGGCUCUCCUCCAGGCCUCCCUACAGUGGCUAAGCCAGAGUCCAGAGCGGGCCCCUCACGCUCGACAGCUCCUCUCCCGCAUCCGCUUCCCUCUGAUGCCGGUAGGAGACCUGGUGGAUCGGGUGCUGCCAGCUGUGCAGGCUCUGCUGCCAGAGGAGGCCGGCUGUGAGGCUCUGGUGGAGGAAGCUGUGGGGUAUCAUGCCAGGAUGAGCGCCCAGCCGCUCCUUCAGACAGAACGGACCACGCUGCGAGGAGGAGUGGAGAGGCUGCUGCAGAUUGGAGGAGAGGUGUCAGAACGUGGAGAGGAGCUGAGUGCAAACGUUUGCCGGCUGAACAGCGAAACAGGAAACUGGGAGGUAGAGACGCAGCUGCCAGCCCAGCGGAGCCACCACUGCCUAGCUGUGCUCGGGGGUUUUAUCUUUGCUGCUGGAGGCAGCUCAUCCAGGGACAACGGUGGAGAUGCUGCCUGUAACCUGCUGUACAGAUACGACCCCCGACACAACCAGUGGACCAGGGGUGCCUCAAUGAAUCAGCGGCGGGUGGAUUUUUACUUGGGGGCAGUGGGAGAAUGUCUGAUUGCUGUUGGAGGGAGGAAUGACACUGGAGCUUUGUCCUCUGUGGAGGUUUAUUAUCCCGCAGAGGACUGCUGGUCCUACGUGGCAGGACUGCCCAGAUUUACAUACGGCCAUGCUGGGACGGUCCACCACGGUGUAGUCUACAUCUCUGGAGGUCACGACUAUCAGAUUGGGCCGUACCGCAGAGAAGUCCUGAGUUAUGAUCCAUCCCGGGACAGUGAUGUGUGGGUGGAACGCCAGGCCAUGUCUCUGGCCCGGGGCUGGCACUGCAUGGCCUCCCUCAACCACCUUAUUUAUGCCAUAGGAGGCAGCGAUGACCACGAAGACACCACAGAGCGCUUUGACAUUCUUCAGGUGGAGUCAUACGACCCACGCAGCGACCAGUGGACUCAGGUGUCGCCGCUGCUUCUGCCCAACAGUGAGGCGGGACUCGCUGUCUGGGCGGGGAGGAUUUAUGUGCUGGGGGGCUACAGCUGGGAGAGUAUGGCUUUCUCUAGAGCUUCUCAGGUGUAUGACCCGGACAAGGGGUCAUGGUCCCGAGGACCUGACCUGCCCAAACGCAUUGCUGGGGCUUCAGCGUGUGUGUGUACUGUAAAGCCUUCAUCAUCAUCACCAUCUCCAGAGAGGAAAAAGAUUGGACAAGGCAUUAAAGUAAGAUCAUACCCCACGUAGUGAUGAUAAAUGCCGUUAUACUGAUAUGAAGUCUAAAAAAUCGUCAGAAGGAUUUUUACACCAGCCAAGAGUGCAACAGCUUAGUGUAGUGCAUUUUAGGGUCAACUUAUAAUGCAGCUUAAAAUCAGUGCAUAUAAAUGUCAAUUUGAACUAAUUAGACAUAAAGAUGUAUUGCAGUGCUCUUUGUUAACAAGCAUCAGUAACUUAGGAAGACAGGCAUGGAAAUAAAACAUUAAAGGAUUUUGCUGUGUUACUGUGAGAGUUAUGAAAUAAAGGACUCAUUUAUUUAGAUUUUUAAGUCAAUCUCACUCUUUAAUCCAAAAUGUUGCAGAAAAUUCUACUAAAAUUGUACUGCAAUCUCACUGUAGUGGUACAUAUUCUAGUGUGGGUUGACUGCAUCGUUAAAUUCCUACAUCACUGUUCAAUGUGAUGUUUCAUAAUAUUGAAGGAAAAGCUUCUUUUAAUUGUUUUUCUUCAGCCAUACUCAAGUUAAACUAAUCUGACAGGGGUUGUUGGUCAGCAGAUACAGUUAGGUGACAAUCUUUAGCAGGACGUGUUUCUUUCUAGCUUCUUCUUGUGAAAGGAAAACUCAGUGAACUCAAGGCACUUGCAACAGACUUCUCUGUUCUAUGCUGUGAACAUAUAAAGACGUAUCCCCAAGUGCAAAACAAAUAAAUGAUUACCUGAACAGUUUGAGGUCAGGUAAGAAGAAAGACUAAAUAUCACAGUAAAACCUUUAUUUAUGAAGUGCAUUUUCCAUCUGGCUUUAGGAAGUGUGCUUAUUGUUGAAGUGAGUGAAUGCUGAUGUUGGUCAUUUUUUACCUUAAACAUGAAGAAUGACUUACUUGGACAUUUGAGUAUGGCAUCAGAAUGGUUUUUUGUGUGUUUCUUUUAUCUGUUUUUUUGUAAAGCACUUUGUGACUUCCUGUUCUUUAAAGGUGCUAUAUAAACUUAAAACUAACUAAGGUGAGUCUAAAAGGUAAGCCAAAGACAAAUAUGGAACUAAAAUAUCUAACUACUGGCCUAUUCAGCCUGCAGCUGAUAAAAUCAGACAAACUGACUAAAAUAUACCAACAAAAGCAAAAACACAGCUGUACUUGUCAGAAAUCAAGAGCCCAGUGUUUCAAUGGUGCAUGAACAUUAGGGUAUCAAAAAUAAGCCAAGAACAACAGUUUGAUAACAUACUAAGUAUAACCCUGACAUUUUUAGACUUUAUUUGCACCACGCAGAGAGUUUGCUUGGUAAGAGGAACGCCAUGAAGGGGCUCAUUCUGGAAAUAACUCAUCAGAGUAGCUGUGAACCAAGCUGCAGGCUCAGUCUGACCCGUCACUUUCAUGUCACAUUAAACAGUUCUCCAGUCAUAAAAGCCUCACCUUUCCUUUGUUACUCACUAAAGCACAAAUAUACAUAAAACAUGCUUGUACAGGGUGCCUACCUCCAUUUAUUUGUAACUUUGUGUGAAGUGAUAAAUGAAGAAUAAAACAAAUGUGAAUCUAACCUUGCAAACCUUGGAUACGCCUGUUUCCU